AUGGCUCCCACCGUCACUGCCGACCAGUUCCUCGCUGCCGCCAAGCACCGCCGCACCGUCUACGGCCUCAAGAGCACCUCUGCCGUCUCAGACAAGCGCGUCGAGGAGAUUGUCGGCCAGGUCCUCUCCUUCGCCCCCUCCUCAUACAACACCCAGCCCGGCCGCAUCACUCUUGUUACCGGCGAGAAGCACAAGGGCCUGUGGGAUGCCAUCAUCGCCGCGGCCGAGCCCAUCCUCAAGGGUGCUGGUGAGGAGGUUUGGAAGACCAUGAGCGGUAUCUUCCAGGCCCACAAGGGAGCCUAUGGCUCAGUUGUCUUCUGGGACAGCGGCGAUGCUAUCAAGGAGGCUGGCGCCAAGCACCAGUCUGCCGCCCACAUGUUCCCCCAGUUCGCCGACCACAGCACCGGCAUGGCCCAGAUCCUCGUCUGGACUGCCCUUGAGCUCGAGGGUCUGGGUGCCAACCUGCAGCACCUGCAGGCCAUUCCUCCCGUCGAGGCCGUCAUCAAGCAGUACCUUGAUGUCCCCGCCGACUACACCCUCAAGGCUCACCUGAACUACGGUGAUCUGGCUCAGCCCCACCCCGAGGCUGUUCCUGAGAAGCUGCCUCUCAGCCAGACUCUCAAGGUUGUUGCUUAG